CUAUCAUUGGUUGUUGCAGAUGCUGAGACUCUGCCCCCAAUGAUUGGGACCACAUAGAGAAGUCUGGAUGCUGCACGGACUAGAGGACUGUGAACAAAAGUGUUACGGACAAGCUCAGCCAUGAGAGGUAUGCAAUGCCCAAUCAAAUCUCUGUAUCUUUCUAUAUUUAAUACAGCCAUUCCUCAAACACGUUGAGAAUUACAUAAUGCAUUAUAGCAGUGUUUGAGUCUAUAAUAAGAGUCGUAUAUUAUUUCCAUUAACUAGAAUGACCUUAUAAAACAGAUAUUAACAAGCUCAGUGCCAGAAAAAUGUCCUCUGCGUGUGUUUGCUUUCCGCUGAUGCUGAAAAGGUUAAUAAGACUUUCAUUGCUGUUCGAUUCAAAGACAGGAUAUGAUUUAACCACUAAAAGUUAUCAGUACCUGUCAUGCAAAACAGACACGCUAGUCUGUAUGUAAAUGUAUUUUAGCAUUUGUGUAAAACUUUAAUAAUGAGAUUGCAGAACAACUAAAUACACAGUUAUUUUAUCAAUUGCUUAACUAUGAGGUCAUUUGAGAACAAAAGCUUUAGUGUAAAAAUAUAACAAGUGUACAGAUAAUAAAUAUGAUCUCUAAAUGUGUAAAUACAGAAGUCACAGAUAAAUUGAGUAGUUAUGAGUGUAUAAAUGUACAGUCAUGGUAUAUAUUGCAUAAAUGAUCACUGUUGUGUAGAUAUACAAUACUAUUUAUUUUUUCUCAAAUGUGUGUAUUACAGCUGUGUGUUUAAACACGCAAUAUUGCCAUGAUCACUGAGUGUGUGAAUAUAUAAUUAAUCUAUCAAUUUAAGGUAAUAUCACCGAGUGUGUGAAUAUAUAAUUAAUCGAUCAAUUUAAGGUAAUAUCACUGAGAGUGGGAAUAUAUAAUUAAUCGAUCAAUUUAAGGUAAUAUCACUGAGUGUGUGAAUAUAUAAUUAAUCGAUCAAUUUAAGGUAAUAUCACUGAGUGUAUGAAUAUAUAAUUAAUCGAUCAAUUUAAGGUAAUAUCACUGAGUAUGCAAAUACACAAUCAUUGUAUCAGUUGUGUAAGUGGGUCAUUGACCAUUCAAAUAAACAGUGAUGUCAUUAAUUGAAAAUAGUAUGAUUAGACCAUUGUUUUAUACAUUUGCAGUAAUUGGACAAAAUGUAUGAAUCUGAUUGCAGACUGUGCAGGAAUUGCAUUAUCUAUACGAAUAUACUUUGAGGCCACAGACAGGAUUAGUCACCUAACUGUGACGGGUGUGUAAUUGAGAAAAUAAAGUUAUUGUUUGCAUAUCUAACAGUUUUGGCUAAACGUUUCAUUUCCCUUAUCAUCUCCUUAAUGUCUGCAUCAGUGAUCACUCACUUUAUGGAUAUCUAUAUGAGUAUACUUUAUAUGUUUGUCAGAUAUGUAAACCUGCUUAGUUUAUAAUGAGAAAGAUACAUCGGUCGCUGUUUAUUUAGUAAACCAAUAAAUGAUGAUGGUGAUGGUGGUUUUUUCGGGGGGGAAAUCCAUGAAUGGCCACUUCAGGUAUUCACAAAUAAAAGUCCCAGGUCCAAAUUGUGCUUUAAAAUUGGGGUGUUAAACCUAUCAUUCUGAAUUGUAAAAGAUUAAACCUAUCAUUUUGAAUUGUUAAAGACGCCUGUUUGAGUGUGGUAAAAGUCAGAGCGGCCUGUUCUAACCAUUUAGAAAACUGACAACCUCAAUGAUCAGCAAUUUUAGAGAUAUGUUAAUGGAUCCUAGAAACAGCUACCACAAUUUAACCCUCUUAGUGGCAGACAAUAAAAAAUACAUUUUAUCCCAUCGUAUUGCUUUUUUAGGCAUUUUUGUUUUCUAUUUUUCAAAUACACUGAGGGAUGACAGCCUCUGAUACCAUAACAAGCAUGCCUUCAAUGACACUACUUCAAAAUUGAUUGACCUCAUUUAACACCCCCUCACCCUAAAAAACCAGCUUGGUACCAAUGGUGUGCACGCUUGUCAUGCUAACUUAUCACUUUGAUUAAAAAUAUUAAAUUUUCCUGGGUUGCCUCCUGGAAGUAUGGAGUAGAAUACAUGUUUAGUAAGUCGUUUUGUUAACUCAUCACCACAACAGCUUGUUGUAGUUGUUAUGGUGCAAGCAGCCACUGUCCCCAUUUUGGUGUUUUGACACAACCCUAGGGUCUCAAUGUGACUGAGGCCAGCCCCUCACUCUAUGGCAGUGGUAGACUGUGUGUCAGCUGAUGUUCUCAUCCAAUCAAUGCUGCUCAGUUAAUGACAAAAUUGAUAUUGUUAACGCAGAAGAGUAGGUUCAGCAGUAGCAACACUGCAGGUGGGAUGCUGGAGCAUCUCGGGUUCCGUUGGUUUGUGUUAAACUGCAAGACAAUGGUUUUACACAAAUCCGGGAAAUAGUUUCAGUAGCCUGCUAGCACUAUAACCACUACAUCAGCAAGUAGUAUUUAUGGUGAUCAGACUGUCCCUUUAGUAGGCUCACAGCAUGUCUGUGGUCUAUUCUUUAAUAUUCAUCAGGCCUUUAAAAUACAGGCAAAUGUAUCUUAGUAUUAUUCUAAUGGCCAUACAGGUGUAAGCCAUUGGAGUAAUACUACAAAACCUCCCAUAUGUAAAUGUGUUUAGAGAUUUGGGAUAGUGCGCAUGUAACUUAUUUCUUUGUUUUUUUAUUUUAUGUAUUGGGGCUGAUGCGUACUGUAGUAACUGCUGACGCCCAGGAGUAGUGGGAGUUUGAGUGCAGGGCUUAAUUGUGUAUGUUUGUAAAUACGUCUUAGCUGCAGCUUAUUUGGGAUUUUUCUAACUUGGCUGUAACCUACAUUUUAAAUCAAUUGACUAGCUUUCAACCUGUCUCUUAGUGAAGCAUCUGUAUUUGUCUCUCUGCGUAUGCCAAACACAUAGACUGAAACAUGUACACAGUGAUUCAGAGCAUCAAGCCCAAUUAAGCGGGGGAGUAUUUUAGUCUCAUUCUUAAGACCCCUUGGUAUAAAAGUCACAUCUUCGUAAAUCUCUCACAUGGUCAUGAAGCAAAAAAAGUUGUAUCAUUAUAUAUCUUUCCAAAACACAGCCCCCUUCCAAUAAACAAAUAUAAAUGAAAAUGUAUACACACUAGUACACAUAAAAAUGAAUAUAUAUAUAUACACACACACACACACACACACACACGAGUACACAUAAAACGAGAGCAUUACACAGUCUAUUGGACUUAAAAUGGCUAAGAAAGGCAGUUUAGCAUGCUAAAAAGACAGUGUGGCACUUUGUAUCAGUUUUGCCAGCCGAAAUACAAACCUUGAUCGGAUAAAAUAUAUCCAUGCUUAUAGACACACUGGCAUAUUUCAAUAACAAAGUAAGCAAUAAUUUAACGGUAGUUCGUUAUAAUGGAGUACAUGAGCAGACUAGUCUUUUUUUAAUAACUCAAAUUAAGAAAAUUUUUAUAUUCUUAGAAUAGUUCUCUUUUUCAGGACCCAAAAAGUUUGAUUUUGAAAGUACAAUAUUAAAAUGACAUAGAUGAUUUUAAUUUAAUACGUUCAAAAAAAAAAAAAAAAAUAAUCACUUCCAUUCUUAAACAUUUUCCAUAAAAUUAAAAAGAAUCAGUUUUCUUUUUUUUAAAAAAAAGACUUUAUAUCAAUUGUUCCAGGGAAAUAUUUAAAUAUCAAUAAAUAUAACCAACCUGCACAGUAACACAGCAAUGCAUGUACUUCUAUCAAUUUGUGUAUGUUAAUUUUAGAAAAUAAACUUUAACAAUUUUAACAUCAAUAUAGAAAAAAUAUAAAGUAAGCAUUAUAUUUUAAAGUGUGUUUUAAUAUUGCUCUCUCCACUCUACUAAAUGUUAAGCAUACCUUAGAAAUAUAUACCGUAUACCUUUGAAUAUGAUUAAUAAUAAAAAUUUUAAAAAAUAUGAGAUGGUGAUUUGAGUUACCUGAGAUACAUCACUUUCUUGAUAUAUAUUAACAGCUGAUUAGCUAUGCAAAUUCUCCUGUUUAUUUCUUAAAGACUUUGAUGAAAGAAUACAUUUCGACCUAUAAAAAUUACCAAAAACAAUUAACUUCAACACAUAUAAUAAAAUUCUGAAAUGCAAAAAUAGAAAUAAAAUUAAUCUAAAAGAAAAAGUAUUAGAUUUUAAUUUAAAUUUCUAAAACUAUUUUAGCUUAACACAGAGUGUGACCUCCAUGUGAAGGAUGAACAUCAUUGUUGGUACUGUGAUACUGUAAUAGAAUCAAGUAAAAAUGAAACAGUGCUAUACUGUAGUCAGUAUUCAUUAUUGUCAAUGCGUAAUAAGGACAAAUCUAAAAUUGGACAUUUUAAAACGUUUUCUAUGAAUGCUUUUUAAGAAAGUAUUUUCACUUUCUCUUGUAUGUCAGAGAUGUAACUGUGAAAUAAUAUGACAAUCUUGUUACUGAAACAAAAAGUAACACCAGCCAUCUAGACGUCUCGACAUAAAUCAUUUGAAAUUCCCUGUAUUUACUGGGUACGGUUUUUUAAGAUUAUCGAAUGCUCUCAUGUAAUACAGCAACAGUGUUGUUUCACAAUUACCCCUCCCCCCGCUUUUGAUGACCAUACCGCUUUAUUAAGACUUAUUUUACUUAAUUACUGAGCUGCUACACAAACAAUAAAAUAAAAAAAAAUAUUAAAAGGUUCGUGCAAGUUUGGCACUACCAGAAUAGGAAAAAAUUUAAAAACAGUCUAGUGAUAUUAAAAUAUUGCUUAGUUUCUGUGAAUGGCGCGCAACAUUAUAAGAGACGGAGGCCAUGUUAGAGAGGAAAAAAAGAAAUCAGAAAAAAUAACUUACAGAAAUAUUGAAGGAAAAGAAAAACAUGUUUCAAUGGAUGUUUAUUUUACAGAAAUGCUAUUUUCUUUAAAUAAUAAAUAUUUUCAGUUUAAAAAUAUUAAUAAAAGUGAAAUAAAGAAAUAUAAGAAUGUGCACAGAUAAUGCUUAUUAUGCCAAGUGUUAAAUAACAGGAUUAUUCACUAAAGUUGCUGGAAAUUUAAAGUGAUUUUCACAUUUUAGUUAUAACCAAUUUAAAAAUAUGGCUGUCUUUCUGUUUUUAAUUUGGCUGUUUUGGUCUAAAUAUUAAAAUGUGCUUAGAUUUUUAAAAAAAUUUUUUAUCACAAGUGGCAGUGAAGUAGACUAAAGUACACAAGCCUGCUAAAGUAGUGGUAGCUCUGGAAUAAAAACAGGUGCAGGUUACGUCAGAGCCAUUUGGAUUGCAACACCUAUAAUAUCAAAAUUGUCUGUCGAUGCAGACAACAAAUCUAUCAUACUCCAAAUACUGUAUGAGGUUUAUUUAAUAUUUUAGAUGUUGUUUAUUCUGCUUCCAAUGUGUUUGAAGUUCACGGUUGUCAUUAAAUAUUAUUUACAGACAGACAUAUAUAACCAAAAAAUAAAUUCAAAGUAAAUUAAAAAUUUAAGGCCAGAGUAGCUAAAUAGAAAUCAUAUCUGACAUAGAGAAAGUGUCCAGUUUGUCGAUUUUAAACCUAAAUUUGAAAUUCACUUUGAAUUUACCGUAGUAAAUAUAUAUAUAUAUAUAUAUAUAUAUAUACUGUGUUGGUGUUCUAGAAACCCCCCAGCUAGUGUAAGAUUUAAGAACAUUUUGUAAGAAUUAUAUAUUAUCUUCUUUUAAUAAUGACCCACUGCUCAGUUUUGCAUUCUGAAUUCCAGCGAAUUUACAUAUGUCAUAAUUUUAGUAUUUCUGUAAUUAUUUGUAAUAACAAUGUAUACAUUGCAUCUAUCCUACAGAUAGUAGAAGCAGAUAUGUAUGACCCAUCUUUCUGCAAAGCCACAAACCAAAUAUUGUCCCUGACAUUGACUUCAUUUCAAGGUCAAACCAAAAUAUAAUCCACUCUAAUUCUCCUUCAUAUAACUGCAGAAUAUGCUGUCACUAUAUCAAUCAUUGUAAUUGUAAAUAAAUAAAUUAUAUGGCAAAAAAAAAACAAAACACACACAUUACAUAUAUAAGUUUGCUGUCUGUAUUAUUUUAAUUGUUUAAAAGAGAAAUAAUAUUUUGUUGAAUUAUCUCAAGACAAACAUUUUUCAUAAUCUAGCUGUGGAGGACAGCAACGGACAUCAUUCUCGGUCCAGUCAUUGCAGUUGAGUGACCGAUUUGACCUGUUUCAAGUUGAAAUAGAAAUAUCAGUUCUUUCAAAGUGAUCGUGGAAUAUAUUGUAAAGUAGCAGUGGAUACAUGGGACAGCCUACAAGCAGAGUUGAUCUAAUGUAACAUAUAAAAGUAGAUUGAUUCGUGUUUAGAGUAUAAUUGAAGGUGGCCGUUUAGUUUUAUAUCUGUUAGAAGAACAGGGCAUUCUGUAUGCACUGUAUAAAGUUGGGUACAGUGCCAUUCUUUGGAGUAAUGUCAGGUGUAGCUAGAUAGGUGCUGCGGGUACUCCUGUGUCCCACUUUGUUCCAUUGAUGUGGAAUGUGGGGAGAUAUCUUCUGAGAUAUCAACAAACAGUUAUAAGGCAACACCUGCAUGGGGAGACCCCAAGUGUGGCAGAGGCGUGUGUGAGCUAACAGACUCAUGCUAUAAAUAAACAUGCUGGUGUGUUCUAUCUUUGCUGUGGUGUAGUUAUGGUCUUGUGUAAAUGGGUAUCUCCUUUGUGGACCUAUGUAUACUCUAUUCUUUCUUGCUUUUUGGCACAAUGGGAACACUGUGUGUGGAUAAGUUCAGCUGUGCUAAAAUGCACCUGCAGGGUGAAAUCUAACUCAAGUCUCGUUAGGACUAUCAUUUCCAUUCUAUUCUGUGUUAGCAAAUAUAUCGUUAAGCAUUUAUCUCAAUUUAAUUUUGUGACCGUUUAUAGCAACGCCAUCGGAAUAGCAGUAAAGCCUAUAGAUAAAAAUGCACAGGUACAUAUUGUGACAGAACACUCGUAACAUACCACUACACUAUAAAUUUUGGGAUCAUUUUUUUUUAGCCUGGUCGGUCUCUGAUGAUGCAAUAAAGGGUAGUAUGUUGAAAUAUGUGUUAAUGUUGCCAAGUUAUUAUUGUGGAUUCAAACAUGAGCCUAGACUUCAUGAAGGGUAAAACAAAUCUCAGUUUAUUGGUAGCCGCAACUGGCCUUUUAUGACAGUCCCCAUGCAAGGGGCAUUCCCCCCUGGACAUGAGAGUAAACCACAGUAGAAAUAAAUACACAAUCACAUUGGCUCUCAGGUCCAGGACACUCCCAUACAAAAUUAGAUAAUCCCUUCUCUGUGCCUGGGAGAUAAUUGGAUUAGGAACUGUACUAAUCUAAUACAAUUAUCUCCAAGCACAGAAAAAAAACCAUACAUUUUUACAAACCCCCCCAAAAUAACCCAAAACACACAAAACCCCCACAAAAGUUGCAUCCCCCGAUAGCCCCGAUCUGGGUGACUAACAUAUCCCAAAAUCACCCAGGUCAGUUCAGGGGUUCAGGAAUUUCCUGGAAGGCUUAUUUUUGACUGACCGUGCAGAUGGUCCUAUGCCCUAAGCAGUUCCAGUGAAUCAGGGCUAACGGUCGAUCUCUCUGUCUGGAGUACAAAAGUACAUAACUCACAUGAACUGAGCCUUUUAAAGUGCAUUGGGUAAGGUAUAUCGCAGGGCCUAUAGUCCUGAGGCAAGAGGCUGGCCAGCAGGCCUUCAAGAACCUGUGACGAGGUUCAGUUCGUCACAACCAGGAAUCACCCCUUCAAUUAGUAGUAGAUCAAAGAGUAUCCAAUAUCAGAUGCUUAGACUAGUGAUUUGUUUAAUUCCUUAGUAAAGGGAAACCCAGGUUAGAAUCACGAUCAGACUUUCUCACUAGUAAGUGUACCUAAAAUCCUCACAGAUUAUAAACUUACUUGAGCAAUGCCUACUUCACCUCUAAAUAUCCCCUUUCCAUUUUUUAUAAAGUGAUGUUGGCGAUAUAUAAGUGCUAAUAAUAAUAAUAAUCUCACCACUAAGUUUGUGUUAUAUAACUUAUCAUGAUCAUGCAAUAAGUGCUUUAGUAUCUCUCACAAAGCCUUUGAGAAUUAUGCUUUCUUUUAUUGUAUAUAAAGACUCCCGUCUGCCGAUAUGAAGGCCCUUAUAAGAUGUUUUGGGUUCAUGGCUGAAUCUUUCAUAAUAAGGAGCUGUGAACGCAUUGUGGACCCUUGCAUUACCACAUAAAUGGCUGAUACAUUUUAGAUGGGAGAGUUGAAUGUAUAAUGCACAAACUCAUGUUAAAUGACAUGAUGACGUUGUUUUAUGAAUUAAAUGUCUAGCACUUAAGCUUGCAUAAUCAAAUUGUUCAAGGUUAUGGGGUCAACACGUACUGACAGUAAGAAGUAAGAGGGACUCUGCAUUUACAUUUCUGGGUAUAGGGGUAGUCCCUGAUUCUUUUGUCUGGAAAAGGUGAGUAGGAUCUGUCUGUCCUUACUGGCUGGGAUCUGUCUGACCUUUUCUGGGGUUUGUGUUCCCGUCAGGAUCCAUCAUAUAAAAGGGAGAGUUACCGUCAGCCACUGCUGAGAGCAAACCCUGAGUAAUAUCUGGCCGCAGGUUAGCAGAGCUGACUCAGACUGUGAUGGCUUCUGUCUUGCUUUGGUGCUUCUACGCCCACGGAAAAAAACCUAGACUUACACAGCUAACAUCAGAGGAGGCUUGUGAAAUAUCCUGUCCAGGUAGACGACGAGUGCAGAGAUAAUGAUCUUUAUUUUGGGAAGGGUAUACUGCACCCGUACUCUGCUCCCCUUGAAUAAAUGCACUGCUACAGAGCAACGGUUUCAACCCUUGUAUGUUACAGCUGUCUGCUGUAAAAAAAAAAAAAACUCUGCCAGAAACAUCUCUAUACUCCUGAUGAAACUGCAGACACAACAGACAAAUACAUAAACAAGAGUCACAUUAUGGGUAGAAUUUUAAAUGUCACGUACAUAUCGCACAUAUGCACUUUUAAAACACCCCACAUGUAAACCAGCUGUGGGAGAUAGCUGAAUGUCACCAUAUAACAAAAUUUAGCAGAUUGUGAAAAUACCUACUUAAUAAUAAGAAAAUAAACAAAAAAAGAAUGUGCAAUAUAAUUGUAUUUUGUAAUAGUAAUAGAGUUGAUAAAACAUUAGGACAGAAUAAAGAGGAUUUUUUUUUUUUUUUAACAUAAUUUGAUCUAAGUCAACACUGCUUGAUUACAGAUGACAAUAACAUUAAAUUCAAGUUCACAAAUGGGGGGGAUAAUGUCUGGGACCUCUUCCGGUGCUGACUGGCUACAGUAAAAUGGUCACUGUUAAUCAAAGGAUCCAGCUAUUCUGGAAACUGUGUUAAUAAUUCCUAUCAACUAUGCAGACACUGAUGGUCUCAGUUUGGAUCAUGAUGUCACACCUCUAAAUAACACGAGCAGAUGCAUGCUAUGACAUCACUGAUAUCGCCCUUCUAUGUCUCUGUUAAGUUUUUUUUUAUAUAAACAUUUUUAAAAAAACACUUGAUUUAAUUUUUCUUCAAUUAUGUUUCUAUUGAAUUUUGUAAGUAAGACAGCAAGGAUUUACAGAAUAAAAAUCAGCAACGCAAUAUGAACGCAUAAGGUCAGAGAAAUAAAAAGCCAAAUUCUCUGACGUUACCCCAAUGAUAGAAAGAAAAAUAUAAAAACGUUAUUCACUCCAUAGUAAAACUGCUCCAAUAAAUGCCAGUCAUGCUGAUUCCUCUGUUCCACAAUUGGUUAAUAGAAUAGAGCAAUGGUUUGGACAUCGCAUUAGAUCAGAUAUCGACCUGGAGUUUUGGAUAAAAUAGGCUGAUUUAUUGAGAAAAAUAGUCAUACAUGGCAGUAAAUCAGACUAUAUAGGUGUAAACAGAUAAUAUAAAAAACAAUACGUCCACAAACCUGAAAAGAACAGGAUGGGAGGGAGUGGAGGAAGGUGGGGGGUGCUUCGCAACAACCCCCACCCAAAUACACGGUUAGCAGCUCCUUUGAGCAAGUAUCGGUAGUAGACACGCAGUGCGUCCAGCUAUCUUUUAUUUGAGGAGGGAUUGUCUGUCCCCCAUCCUUUUCCAAGUGAGUGGAUUUUUUUUUUUGCUGUAUUUCUUUAAUAAUACCUUUCUGCAACUGUAUAGUCUGAUUUCCUGUCGUGUAUGACUAUGUUGUUCAAUAAAUCAGUCCUUUUCAUGGACAACUCCAGGCGAUAUCUGAUGCUAUAUGAGUGCGGUCCAAACCAUUGCUCUAUUGUAUUUCCUGCAGGGUCAGAAACCAUGAAUUAAUACAGUAAUACAACAACCAACCCAUCACAUAACCCAUGACUCCUACUGGUGGAGCUCAACCAGAAUGCCUAGAUAUGAGUUUGCCUCAAGUCAUGGGGUCCAUGUUUUGGAAAAAGAUGCAGAACUACGGGAACUCUAGGUAUCAUUCUCUCCAUUGCAAGGUGAUACCCACCGCUUAGCAGUAAAAUAAGUUUGGUAGUACUCUUCCACUGUUUUGCAAUAAAGAGUCCAUAAGCUGUGCAAGGCUAAGGAUCGCUCUUUACGUAGAUAAGACCUAUCAAGCAAAGCAGAACAGACAUCUGGAUCCAAAUUCUCUUCCACAGCUGCAACAGUUUUCUGGAACAUAGGUUUAUAUGCAGGCUGAAGGAGAGGGCAUACUACCACAUAUGCAAAUAGACACCCUCAAGUAGACAUCCUCAAAAGCAUGAGGAGGAAAGUGAAGAGCAGAUAUAUUGAAAUUAGGUUGGAGACAAGUACCAACGGGAAAGGGUCUCAUAGCAGUUUUCCCCGUCGGGAUAGGCAUAGAGGUAAUUUAGUGUAAUUUUCAAGGACAGUAGACCAAUCCUCAGGGUCGAGAGAUCCACCCAAAGCAGUGUUGAAGAUAUGCCACAUCUAAGAGGUUCAAAUAGACGAUGGACAUCAAGCCAGAGGACUUUAUUAUCCUUUGACAAACUGGUUCAUAAUAAGAAUGGUUCUUAAUUGGUUGUAAGAGAAGCCUUAACAUGGUACAGAAGCUUGUUGGGUUUCAACAAGGUAUAUUCUGAACAGGGUAAUUUAAUACCAAAUAAUCCCUAAUCCUAAAAAAUCCUUUUUGUUGCCGCAACUGAAAAUAACCUGUUAAUUUGGGUGCAGAAAAAGCUUUUGAGUCCAAUACGCAGUGCAUUUGAAUAUAGGAAAAUUUGACCUAGUAGCCUAAAGGAAACACAGUUUUAACAUUCUUUACCAAGUUAACAGGACUAUAAACAAGUGUCUAACUCAAUCUCUGUGAGAGUGAGAGAACAGUAUACUGAAGCAAGUGGUUGAUUUAAUUUACAAUUUGUCUGAGUCUCAUGUUGGUUUUUAGCACCAUACGGCAGAUAGACAGCUUAUCGUGGUAGGCUAGAAAGAUAAGAGCCGUGCGCUCUGUCACUCUGAGAGGUCAGUUCCAAGAAUGCGCUGGUUACAAACAACGAAUUGUAUGCAAAUAUACAAUCACAUGAAACAGAAAGUAACAUUACACCACAAGCCACUGCAUUUAAUCAUCCACUCCGUUACACAACAUUUCGAUACUGCAGGCUUUCUCAUUUGCAUGCGACGUGUCAAAUUUCCCCCACUUGUGUCAUCGAGUUCUGGCAAAGAAUAGGUUAAAGCUCAGCAGAAACAUAGCAGGAUUAUUUUACCCAAUCCGUAAAAAUGUUUUCAAGGUCUCAAUAACAAGUAAUGGAAAAAUAAUCAUAAAAUAGAUCUCUAAAAAAAAUGAAAUGUAUAAUCUUUAAACAUCGGAUGCAAGUCUAUCUCAAGAAAAGCAAUAACUAAAUUUGUAAGUUUAAGUAGCAAAAAAAUAAAUAAAAAGCAAAAAAACAACAACACUAAGUGCUAUGGGUCCACCUUCUAAAAUACUUUAUAGCAUAGCACCUGCAGCCAAAAUACUACUUACUCAUCCUUGUUGUCAACCACAGAAGAUGAAUGUGUUAGAUGAUUAUACAUAAGUUUCGAGAUAAAAAAAACACCUGCUUUCAAAUCCACAGAAGCAACACUUGUUUCUUUUUUCUAUUCUUUUUUAAACAAUUUUAGUUAAAAUCUGAAAUAGAAUUCUAAUUAAAUAGUAUUGAGCGAUUGUGAAAAAAAAAAAAAAAAGGUGUUUGUUUGUUACAUUGUGAUUACGUAAUACCGAGGAAGAGUUCUGGAUAUAUUAUAACAGAUAAGACCAACUUUUUUUUAUUAUUUCUAAGCAGAUAAGCCGACAGUGAUAUAGCAAGGACCGCUAAGUUGAUCACUUCGAUAUACAUAUGGAAAUAUACAUAAAGACACAAUAAAAACAUCCUAUUAUAAUAUCAGUGACUGGCAAUUCUUUUUAAAAAGAGAGUUAAAAUAAUUUAUAGGUACCUCUACAACCCGAAAACAGUAAACUGUUGUGUUAUUUUUGUGAGGAGAAACACAUAAAAUUAGCGUAAUGAGGAAAAUGAUAAGCUUUCGUUAGUAGAUUGUUUUUUUUUUUUUUGCAGACUUAUUGAAGAACUGUAGAAUAAGGGAAAGUGUAGCAUAAGGGAAAGUGUGAUAGGAAGAGGUAAGGUAUUCCAUAUGAAUGGUUCUCCCCUUGUGAAGUCCUGUAGGUGAGACGCAAGAGUGAACAACGAACAAGUCAAAGGCAUGGGCACAGCGCGGAGGUCAAGAAGGGCUUUAUUUAUGAAUUAGAGAAUAAAUGUAAUAGUUGAGAGUUUAGAGCUUUGAAAGUGUGAGUUAAUGUAUGGAAAUAAAUCCAUAUUAGUACAGAAAGACAAUAUUUAGGGUUGCCAAAUGGCGUGACAGCAGUAUUUAUAAAAGGCUGCAGUGGGGGCAGUUUUAACAUUAGAAUAUUCCUUGCUCUGUUUAGGGGUCCUUUUUGUUUACAUAUACAAAAUAUAUGUUUUUAUUCCAGCCCUAGGACAGUGUCCUCACAGCAGAAGCUCCGCCUUCUGUGAUAUAAUCAGGGUUGAUGAUCUCCGUCCAAUCCAAUGCUUUCUAGAGAGAGAGCACAUGAGAAUCAGUAAUUGUAUUUGGUGUCCUUACGCUGUGCGGGAUGAUGCUGAAUGAGGAUACUUGAAAAUUAAAGGUCAUGAUUACCUUUAGUGACUGUCUGCCUUACAGUCACCAGAGACAUGUUCUCAAACCAUUUCUCAGACACCAUAAUGAUUAUACUCUGUUCGAAAAAAGGGGUUUGUUUCAAUGUACCAAAACUACAACAUUAAGAUAUAGUGGAUUUUGUGUUACAUUGUCCCUUUAACCCCUUAAGGACCAAACUUCUGGAAUAAAAGGGAAUCAUGACAUAUCACACGUCAUGUGUCCUUAAGGGGUUAAAUCACUUAGUUCACUGAAAAUCUUUCAAUAAUAAAGUAUAACAUAGCAAGAGUAAUUAUAAAAAAAAAAAUCUGAAUAUUAAGGAGACGGUGUGAUUAUUUUUGUUAUUAGUACUAUCUACACCAAUGCAAUUUGGCUUAUUUAGUACAAUUUGAAUGUACCCUCCAAACAGCAAAGUUUGGAGAAAAUCCCAAAAUGAAAUUUGAUUUGUGAUUUGUGGCAUUAAUUAAAAAAAAAGAAAAGAAAAUAAAGAAAGAAAGAAAGAAAACCAAACUCAGAAAACCUGAUGCUGAAAAAGUCAAACAUUGUAUUAUGUAUAAAAGUGGAAAAUAAUCGACAUCCUACUGCCCUCAAUUAAUGAUACAGAGAUUUCGAUUUGCGUGCUUAUUUAUAGAACUAAAAAUAAUGAAUUAGGUAAAUUAUUACCUCCAAAUUACCAGAAUUUAACUACAUUUUUUUCCCCUUAAAAUGUAAAUUCCGGUCAAUGACUCCAUCCGCCCUCCCCACUCCCCGAGUCUGUAGAAUUGUCUUCACCCUUUUUACUUUAUGUUGUUUUCCAUCACUAAAACAGCAAACUCAGCGUUAGCCAUUUGGUUACCUAAAUACCUAUUAAUAUUUUGAAAUAUCCGUGGGCAGAGGAUGUAUUGGUGUCACCUGAUUGUAAGUGCUGCAUGGAAAAAUCAAGAUUCUUUCUACACUAUAUGUCACCCGUGGGAGUUCAAUCUCUUGGUGGGUUCCUCAUUACUGUCAAUGGAAAUCUCAAGUUCUUGCUCAAAUUGCUGUCUCUGUCCUUUACUCUGCAGCCCAGAUCGAAGUGAUUCCGUGUAAGAUAUGUGGGGACAAAUCCUCUGGAAUCCACUACGGAGUUAUAACAUGUGAAGGAUGCAAGGUGAGCAGACUGUACACAAAUGAGAGGUUACUUGCCAGUAAGAUGCUAUCUCAGGGAGAUCAGAGUAAGGGGUAGUAAAUAUGAGGAAUGGCUUCUCAGUAGCAUAAAAUCCAGAAGUGUGAUAGAUGUUCUUUUAAUUAGAAUGUGGGAGAAGGGCAGACUGGGGAAAGGAGGGCAUGGGUACCAGCCUCUGAUUCCAAUUGCAUUAGUGAUGCAAAUGAGGUUUAGCAAGAUAUUCAUACCUGUUACAUAGUAGCAAAGUUUAAAAAAAGACUUGUGUCCAUCAAGUUCAGGCUUUCUCACAUUUGUUUUUGCUGUUGAUCCAAAAGAAGGAAAGAAAUCCAGUCUGAAGCGCUUCCAAUUUUGCAACAAACUAGGAAAAAGUCUUAACUCUGUGCUAGAUGGCAGAGAAAAGGCGGAUAACCUACCAUUAAAAAAAUCACUGUUUAAAUGGUAUGCUUAAAGUAUUGGCUGUCAUUACAGCAAUAUUGCAGUGCAAUGUAUUGAGUGUGAGUUCAGCAUCUUUACUACGAUGGCACGUGCUGUGAAAGGAACACUAAAGCUUUCUCCCCCAAAUUAAUUAAAUACAGUAUUUACUUACCUUUUUCCGAUGCAGAGGCUCCCUUGUUGAUGCUUAUCCCUGCGCCUACCAUGAAGUCAUGGGGAAGCAUGGCCUCCUGAGCAAUGGUCCAGUCAAUGCUCCUCAUAAAGGAGCAUUAAAUACCUGAUGUGCAUGCGCAACCGUGUGUAUCAAAGUUACCCAUGGGAAAGUACUGCAUCAAGGCUUUCUUUUGGAGGUUUCCACAUCACGUGACCGAGUGGAAUACAGCCACUAGUAUGUUUAACCCUGUAAUGUAAAUACUGCAAUUUCCCCCAAAAAUUUUUUAAAAAAUGAUCUAGACACUAAAGAUGCCGUGGUCUGUACGUUUAACCAGGACAGGAAGUUAUGGAAUCCUCUUCUGGCAGAACCUUGAGUGCAGUUGUACACCUUAUCGUUUAUAGUCCCCUAACACUAAAUAUGGACACUGGGGGUCAGAUUAUUCUAAUCAGGGGGUACAGAGAGUACCAAAGAGUAUGGCAAUGUAACCCCCUACCCCAAAUAAUGCAGUACCCCAAACCACAAUAAUGCUACCAUUUUGAUGCUCUCCAAUAUAUGUACACCACAAAUAAAUAAUAACUUGCUGCUUCAUAUUUGUUUACGACAGGGAUUUUUUAGAAGAAGUCAACAGGGCAAACCGCUUUACUCCUGCAGUCAGCAACAAAGCUGCCAGAUUGACCGCUCCAGCAGAAACCGUUGCCAACACUGCCGGCUUCAGAAAUGUCUUUCCCUUGGAAUGUCACGGAAUGGUGGGUCACACCUCUCUGAUUAUCUACCGUACUAGAAUGAGUUUACCUGCACACUCAAACCCAACUCCUAACAUUUCAAACAGCUUCAAAAACAAUUAACAGGGAAUGUUCACUAGACUGAGAAUUCUAAGUGAAUUUGAAAUGUAAUGUCAAAACAGUCAAGCUGGAAAAAUUCUCAAGGUUAGCUAUGCUUUCAAUUUGGCUGGUCUGGCGGUAAAUUUCAAAUCCACUUACAAUUCUCACCUUAGUAAAUAACACUGUGAGACUGCUCAUGGUUCUCAGUAAAUUCCCAUUCACUUGACUACUCUAGCUACACUAAAAUGGACUCUACCAGUUUCUUCUGGUUCCCAUGAAUAAGUAACCCGAUUGAAGGAGCUUUCUCGUGUUACUUUAUUAUUUAAAAUAACCCACAAGGACUUUAUUAUUUAAAUACAGCAAACGUGUUUUAUGGCACUGAACAAGACAACAGAACUACAAAGAAUAUGGAAAGAUGUAAUGUGUCGAAAUGGCUUAUAGGGUAAAUGUGAAACAAAGAGCUACUAGGGGAUGUCUCAAUGAAUUAAUGCCAAUCAUUUUCAAAGGCUGUGAGUAGCUCCACCAACAUAGUACAUGCAGUAUGAGAAGUCUGGUUGGUGUUAUGAUCAUCAGACCCGGCAUCCCUUGGUCAUUCGUUAUCUACUUGAGAAGUCUGGAGAUCUCAUUCCACAUUGUCAUACAUAAUAAUCUCAUUAUUCCACAAGUUAGAGGGAAGAUUGAAAACCAGCCCAGUUCAUUCCCUUAUCCCACCUUAAAUGAGGAAAAGAGAGAGGAAAGGCUUAUUUUUUUUUUCCUGGGAUGCCCUGUUUGAUUUUAAAUUUGGAUUAAAGUUUUAGCGAGUGACAUUGUAAUUUAAUUCAGACAAGGCAAAUCCAGGGCAAAAAAGGCAAAUGAGAAGGAGAAGCAGAAACAUUGUUUCAUUUCUCCUCUUCUCUGUCUGCUUUCUCGAUGCGGAUUACCAGGUGCAAAGGAAAUAUAUUAAAACAUUGAUUGGUUAAGAGCUAAGAUAGGGGCGCCCAGUUGCAGGAUAAAGAGGUUUGGAUUUCUACUUUUAAUUUUAUUUAUCAAUAUGAGGUUAGUAAACAUAAUGUUAAAAAUCCUGGAUAGUGACAGUUCACCUUUAAGCAUAGAGUUAAUUUAUUUAGGUCUUUGUUUUAAAACGGAUUGGAAGAAUUAUGGGUUCUCACCUUGUACUAUGAACAUCUCCAAUACUACUGGAUGUUUAUGUGGCAGGACAUCACCCUCUUACUAUCUCACAUAAAGACCCAAUGGUGGCAGGUCCCAAAAGUCACAAACACAUUUAAUCCACUGCCCUCAACUAAUGAUGUGUACACCCAAUGUUUCCUAAUAUACAAAUUGAAAGAAUGUUUUGAAACCUAAAUGUUUUUGGCUGUUCCAUCCUUCACAUGUAGCCAUUUCCUGAAUGUAACUAUUAUAACCAUUGCAGCUGUAAAGUUUGGCCGAAUGUCCAAGAAACAGCGUGAAAUCUUACAAGCCGAGGUUCAGAAGCAUCGUCUGAGAGAGCAGAGAACAGAAAUGUCAACCAAUCCUUGCAGUUCGGACUCUCAAGACAUGGAGCAACCAAAUGUCUCACCAAGGCUGUCUGAAGCCUAUAGCACCACAACAUGGAGCGGUCAGAACAAAUGGGAGUCCUCCUGCUCCGUACAUUCCAACCCACCAUCUAAAGCACAACUCCAGAGGGAUAACAUCCUCCACCAGCCUCACACCUCAGAGAAGUCAUCAAUGGAGGCCACAUAUAGGAAGAUCUACUUCAGAGACCAACAACUUCAUGUGGAACAUGCAAGAGCUAGUGUGUUCCAAAGACUGCAUGCCAUCCAAAGCCCAGAAUCCUAUUUUAGCCUAAACUUUGGCAACUCACUAGCCUCAGAAUUUGUGAUGUCUGUCACAGAGCUAGGUGAGUAUGUCCGUCUGUCUUAACACUCCACUUUCGUUUAUGUUGAAAAAUUUACAUUUGUUUUGCUUUCUUAAUAAGUUUCUACCUAAAACAAUCCUAACACCUUCAGUACGGAAUAUUCUAUUGCCCACACUUAUCUCAACUACAUUAAUACAUCUCUCUCUCACACAGUCUAGCACUUUUUAACCUACUCAGCUAGUACACUCCCUCCCUCGCUGAUAUCUCCAUGAUUCUUGAGUCAGCGAGAGCCUACCCAUGUCUCUAAUUUACGUCACCUCUUUCUCAUUUGUUUGGUUCUUUUUCUCUGCCACACCUCUCUCAUAAUUUUACUUGUUUUUUCCAAUCACCCCUCUUUCAUUCCCUUACUCCUGUCUUUUAGUCAGUCCUUUCUUAUGCCAGACAAUUUUCUCACUCAUUCCCAUCUAGCAAUCAAUAUUUUCUCAAUAAAUUCUUUCUCUGUUAGUCACUACUUUCUUGUUCCUUAACGUCUGUUUGGCUAAUGCAAUCUUUAUUUAAAUUCUUCCAUCUUUAUCAGACACUCCUUUUCCAUUCUUGCACUGUUGACAGUUUUCUGAAUUCCUUACUCAUCUUUCUCACAGCCACUUACCUCUCAUUCCCUCACUCCCAUCUCUCUCACCCCCAGACUUGCUGAUACAAAACGUAGUUUUAGCACAAGGAGAGACUUGUCGAUUCCGCCAAGAGAAUCUGCAGGUUUUGAGGUGGGAGACCUAUUCACCAGAGGAGGUGUUGAGCUUUCAGCAGAAGGUAACCCAACAAAUCCUGCAAUAAUAACAAACUGUGAACGAAACAAACUGGAUCUUGGACGGAUUACAAUCUGUCAGCCAAGUCUGAAUUUGUUACUGUGUGAUUAGCUAUAUUCUUUCAGUCACAGACUUCCUUUGCUCUGACUCAUAUAUUUGUAUUUUACAACAUCUCCAUUUUUUUUAGAUUUUGUCCUGUCCAAACACAUACUUAUUUGUAGUUUUAACAUUUUUACAACAUUAUAUAUUUAUACUGUAUUUCAUGCUGCGGUACUCGUUUUAUUUUCCAUUUACAACAAUCACACAUCUCCAUCUAGUCAGGACCAGAUACAUUCUGGGCUACGUAAGCAUUAGAGUCAAGAAACACAAGUGCAGAUAUUUUGUGAAACUCACUGUAAAUCUACUGAACUGUUUAAACAAAAUAAAAACAAAACACUUAGUUAUGUUGAGAAGACGAAUUAUUCAAAGUCACAAAUCAGUGUUUUAAAUAGACCGUAAAAUUUACUGAAUCGUUAUUUGGGGUUUUCAUUAGAAAGUACAAAGACAAAAAAAAUUCAUACAGAGUAAAACUGUGGAUCUGCCUAUGCCAAUGGAAACAAACACAAAUCCACAAAAACAGAAUAUGUUAUACCCUGUCUCAGUAACAGCGACUAAAUCUACAUUUACAUAGCGCUCAGAUUCUGUAGCACUUUACAAUAUUAAAAGAGGGGGGAUUUAACUAUAGAUAGGACAAUUACAAGAAAACUUACAGGAACAAUAGGUUGAAGAGGACCCUGCUCAAAUGAGCUUACGGUCUAUAGGAGGUGGGGUGUAAAACACAAUAGGACACUGAAUGUGAAGGAUAGCAUAAAAUCUAGCCUAAUAAAAGUUAGUGAGGCGAACAUAGAGUCCGUUUGGGUUACAUUAGAAUUUUGUUAUCACACAGUGUACAACUUGUGGAGGUGUGAUUUUUAGGCCCCCAGGACAAAUAGAAAAGUUAGAUAAUUUACUUGUUGAAGAAAUAGCUAAAAUGGCAAUCAAGGGCGAAGUUAUCAUCUUGGGUGACUUUCAUCUUCCUGAUGUGAACUGGAAAACCAAAAUAGUUGCUUGUGCCAGGAGCACACAUACUCUAAACUCGCUACUGGGAUUGGCUCUAAAACAAGUUGUUGAGGAGCCAACUCGUAAAGAGGCCAUACUAGAUUUAGUGUUAACAAAUGGAGAUUUGGUAUUAUAUAUUACUGUAGGUGAAAGUUUAGGAUCCAGUGAUCAUCAGUCAGUGCGGUUGAGUCACACCACACAAAAACUAAAAUUUUAGACUUUAGAAAAACAGACUUUUCUAAAAAUAGAAUAUGUGUAAAGGAGCCAUUAUCAGACUGGAUCAAUUUAAAUGGAGUCCAAGAGAAAUGGAUUUAUUUAAAAGUUGCACUACUGAAGACAACAUAAAACAGCAUUAGGCUUAUCAGUAAAAGCAAAAAAUUUAAGAAACCACUGUGGUACUCCGCAGAAGUGGCUAAAAUAGUAAAAAACUAAUAGUUAACAUUUAGUAAUUAUAAAAAAAAAACAGAGUUUAGAAGAUAGACAGAUUUAUAAGAUUAGGCAGAAAGAGGCAAAACAAGUUAUACAAGCUUCCAAAUUACACACAGAAAAGAAAAUAGCACAGUCAGUAAAAAAGGGGACAAAACAUUUUUUAGAUACAUACAUGAGAAAAGGAAAGUAAAACAAGGAUUAGUUAGAUUAAAAACAUAAGAAGGAAGGUCUGUAGAAGAGGAUAAACGUCUAGCUGUCUGCCUCAAUUAAUAUUUGUGUUCAGUAUUUACAGAUGAAAAUUAAGCAAAGGGGCCUCAGUUAGGAAAAAGGACAAACGAGUCAUUUAUUACACAUGAGUUUACAGAGGAAGAGGUUCUAUUUCAACUGUCAAAAGUAAAGACAAAUAAGUCAAUGGGGCCUUAUGGAAUACACCCAAAGUUAUUAAAAGAGCUUAGUGGAAUACUAGCAAAACCAUUUACAGAUUUAUUUAACCAAACAGUGUUAACAGGAGUUAACAAUUCCAGAAGAUUGGAAGUUAGGGAAUAUUGUGCCUAUUCACAAAAAAAGGUAGUAGGGAGGAGUCGGGCAACUAUAGGUCAGUAAGCCUUACUUCAGUAGUGGGGAAAGUAAUAGAAACCAUGUUAAAGGAUAGGAUUGCUCAAUAUCUAAAAUCACAUGGAUUUCAAGAUCAGAGACGACAUGGGUUUACUUCAGGGAGAUCAUCCCAAACGUAUUGAUUUUUUUGAUUAGUUAACUAAAAUAUUAGAACAGGGUGAUGCAGUAGACAUUGCUUACCUAGAUUUCAUUAAGGCUUUUGACACUGUUGCACAUAGAAGGCUUAUCAAUAAACUGCAAUAUUUAAGUUUGGAUUCCAAUAUUGUUGAAUACGUAAGGCAGCGGCUGAGUGACAGGCAACAGAGGGUUGUAGUUAAUGGAGUAUAUUCAAAGCUUGGUCUUGUAACCAGUGGGGUACCUCUGGGAUCUGUACUUGGACCCAUUCUCUUUAAUAUUUUUAUUAGUGAUAUUGCAGAAAGUCUGGAUGGUAAGGUAUGUCUUUCUGCUGAUGAUACUAAGAUAUGUAAUAGGGUUGAUGUUCCAGAAGGGAUAUGCCAAAUAGCAAAUGAUUUAGGUAAACUAGAAAAAUAGUCAGAGCUGUGGCGGCUGACAUCUGAUCUGGAUAAGUGCAAGAUAAUGUAUCUUAGAAGUAAAAACCCAAGGGCAGAGUAUAGAAUAUUUGAUAGAGUCCUAACUCAACAUCUGAGGAAAGGGAUUUAGGGGUAAUUAUUUCAGAUGAAUUAAAGGUAGGCAGAUAAUGUAAUAGAGCAGCAGGAAAUGCUAGCAGAGCGUUUGGUUGUAUAGGGAGAGGUUUUAGCAGUAGAAAGAGGGAAGUGCUCAUGCCAUUGUACAAAACUCUGGUGAGACCUUACUUGGAGUAUUGUACACAGUACUGGAGACCGUAUCUCCAGAAGGACAUUGAAACUUUGGAGAGAGUUCAGAGAGGGGCUACUAAACUGGUUCAUGGAUUGCAGGAUAAAACUUAAAAGGAAAGGAACUUAACAUGUAUAGCUUGGAGGAAAGAUGAGACAGGAGGAAUAUGAUAGAAACAUACAUAAAGGGAAUCAACACAGUAAAGGAGGAGACUAUAUUUAAAAGAAGAAAAACUACCACAACAAGAGGACAUAGUCUUAAAUUAAAUUAAAUUAGAGGGGCAAAGGUUUAAAAAAAAUAUCCAGAAGUAUUACUUUACUGAGAGAGUAGUCUUCCAGCUGAAGUGGUAAAGGUUAACACAGUAAAAGAGUUUAAGCAUGCAUGGGAUAGGCAUAAGGCUAUCCUAACUAUAAGAGAAGGCCAGGGACUAAUGAAAGUAUUUAGAAAAUUGGGCAGACUAGAUGGGCCGAAUGGUUCUUAUCUGCCAUCACAUUCUAUGUUUCUAUGUAGCAACAUUGUCUUCUGUUAAUUUGGCAAAUACGGUCAAAUGAAAAUCCUGCAGUGUUUGAAGGAAAGAGUGGCCAGUUCUCGGUGUCUGCAUUCAGUCAGGUAGAGAUUAAAAGCAUGCCUGACAGUAUGUGAAUAUUAAGAAUUCCCAAUAUAAAAUCAAUUAAGUAAUCACAGUCAAUUCUUUGAGAUCUCAGUCUUGAUUGCCUGAAUUCCAUAUACUGCUGCUAUACAGCACUUUCACACCUUGGCUGAUACAAAAGAGAAAUUCUAAAUGUCUCAUAUUAACCUUCUGGCAAGAAUGGAACCAGUAUUUGGGUGUGUAUCGUAACACACUGUGCAAACAAUCUAUCUGAUGAUUAAUUAGACAUUUCUCAGGUCUAUAGACAUCACAGAUAGACAUGCGUCAAAUCUUCAGAUAUCAUAUAAAGGCAGGUCAAGAGAGUCUUCCAAAACCAAUAUAAGGUUAAGUCAGGACAGACAUGUCCUAUCUCUAUAUAAUGCAAAAUUGACUUCACAGUAACUUGACUAAUACACAAACAAAAUGAUUGCUCACAUUCACCAAAGUACACAAUCUCGGAGGUGCUCAGAUUGAUCAGCAUAGCAACACUUCAAUGACCAGUAAACGAGUAAAUGGUCCAGGCACACAGGCGUCAGGGUUCAAGCAGAUUUGAAUCAGAUCAGAGCAUGAGACAAUGUUUUAUCAAGGGUCGCUUUUGUAUCCACAGUAACUUGAGACAUUAUCAAGAUCAGGGCCACCCUUGAUAUUUUUGGUACAAGUGUUUAUGUGUCAGUGUUUCUAAUGUCAGAUUAAAUGUGUCAGUGUUUCUGAACAUACAAUAUCAGUUUGUCUGUGCAUGUAGUGUCAGUAUUUCUGUGUAUACAGUAUACAGUGUAUGCAAUGUUUGUUUACCUGUGUGUGUUUAUGUAUGUGUGCACUGUUACUGUGAGUGUGUCAGUGUUUCUGUGUGUACAGUGUCUAUGUUUCUAAGUGUGCAACAUCAGUGUAAGUGUGUCAGUGUUUCUGUGUAAGUAGUGUCAGUGUCUACAAUAUUAGAUUGUGUAUAUCUGUAUUAAUGUAUGCGCGCUGUUAAUGUGAGUGUUUCAGUGUGAACAAUGUCUAUGUGAGUAUUCCAGUAUUUCUGUGUAUGCAGUGUGGGUGAGUGUUUCUGUGUAGGUAGUGUAUGUCUGUCAGUGUUGGUGCAUGCAGUGUAAGUGUGUGUCUGUGUGUAAUGUCAGAGCAAAUGUGUCCCUGUUUCUCUCUGUAGUGUCAGAGUGAGUGUAUGUAGUGUUUCUGAGUAUGCAGUGUCAGAGUACACAUUGUUAGAUUUAGUGUGUCUGUUUUUAUAAAUGUGUCCUGUAAGUGUUUCUGUGAAUGCAAUGUCACUGAAUACAAUGUUAGUUUUCAUGUCAGUGUUUCUUUGUAUUUAAUGUUAGUGUAAGUGUGUUAGAAUUCUGAGAAGGCAGUCUCAGUUAUUGCAGUAUCAAUAGGUGUAUAUGGGUGAAAAAUAUAUUUGCUUUGAUUCGUUAAUCUUCAGAUUUUGGUUCGGCCAAAAUUUGGAAAGGGGGCAUUGUUUAGCACAUAGCUUUCUUAUUUGGUAUUCUUCAUUGGGUGCCAGAUUAGGGAGCUAUCUAGUAAACAGCUGAAAGACAAAAAGAACAUUUAGUUGUUUAGUAAAUAAGUCCCUAAUCUGAUACUCUGAUAUAUGGCGAUCCCCGUUAGGAUAGCUAAUUAGAUAGCUAUCUGCUAAACAUCUGAAAGACAAAAAUAACUUUAAUGUUGCUCUUUCAGUUGCUUAGCAGAUAAGUUGCUAAUUUACUGUCCUUACUAAAACAAAUGGAUUGUAAAGAAUUUGGAGAUUUGGACAAUUCCAAAUUCAGAUGAAGUUUGAUAUGGAUCUAAACAAUUAGCAUAUGUGUAAAUAUCAGUUUGAGUCAGCAUUUUGGUGUGUGCAAUGUCAGCCUGUCUGCAGAUUUUUGUAUGUAAUCUCAGUGUGAGUGAAGUAGCUGUUGCAUUGUGUGCAAUGCCAGUGAAUAGGCAUGUGUUUUGUGUUGCAUAGUGUGUGUUUAGCAGCUUAAAUUUGUACUCUAUCUUUACAUAUUCCCCACCUUGGGCACCGUUACUUGGCAAUAAGGUACCCAAGUCCCGGUGCUUCCAGUCCAGAAGCUAGCAGACACAAUAGGUGUGUAUACCUAACAAAUGUCGAUCCACACACCUCUUCCAGAUACAAGGAAAGGAUGUGUCCAGAAAUGCGUCUGUUUCCAGAUGCCAUAAAAGAUUGGAUUUAGACAUUUGUUGGCCCUGCAGACAAUAUAUAAGGCAGUUUCCAGAAAAGCAUGUAUUACGUCUCAAGAUUUUAUAAACGUCUAAUCACAGAUACACACACAAGUGCAAGUAGAUAUAUCCAGUGUGUCUACAUACCGUAUAAUUCUGAUCCAGAUAUGGUCAGAUCAAUAUUUUCAGACAUGAGACAGGACUUCAGAUUACAUAUAAUGGUAGCAUCUAGACAUAUAUAUAGAAUGUCCACGUACCAUAUACGGCAGCUCUAUUAAAUACAUAUAAUGAAAUACGGAGAGAUGUGUUGUUGAAUUGCUGCUUACUAUAAGGUAGGCCCAACGUUACCAUUAUUUCUGUUUAUAUACAGCCCAUUGACCAUAUUUGGGAGCGUUGUGUUUGUCAUGUCACAGAAGCCAUUCAAUACAUUGUGGAAUUUGCCAAACGGCUCAGCGGCUUCAUGGAGCUGAAUCCAAAUGAUCAGAUUGUCCUCCUGAAAGCUGGUAAUUUGAAUCUUAUUAUAUGUCCAUCUUUUUGUUCUGCAAUGGCAAGGUACGCUUUUCAGUUAUAAAAAGUUUCUUCAACCUCCCAUGUCUCUUAUUCACUUGUACAGAGCUCCUCAAACAACCAAUGUGUCUUCUUUUUUAUUUUUUAUAAAGAACUCCUCAUACUUCUCAUAUCUUCUUAAUUUAUACAGAGCUCCUUAAAACUUACAAAUCUUUUAAGAUGAGCUCCUAACCUUCACUGGUCCCUACGUUAUAUCCCCCCCCCCCCCACCUCCCAAAACCUGAUAUGUCUGUAACAUUUGCCUUUAAAAAGAAUGAUAACUAUCUGUGCAUCUCUCUAUGUCUGUAUAGGAGCCAUGGAGGUCCUUUUGAUCAGAAUGAGCCGUGCAUUUAACUGUUACAACAGCACCGUCUUUUUUGAGGGCAAGUAUGCCCCGCUGGAGAUCUUCCAAUCACUGGGUAAGGUGGAAUGCGGUGACGAUACUGAAAUGGAAGUAUACACAGGGUUACUCAUUAAACACAUCAUUUUAACAAAUUACAUCGAAAUGGCAAAUCCAACUCCAUUCUACUCACUUUGCUCUUUCAGCAUUUUGCCAUUCGGAUUUAAUUUGCUAAAAGUUUAUGUUUAGUUAAUACCCCUGACAGAGUCAGUCAGAAAGAGACAGGUUCUCUACUAAAUGUCUAAGGUGUGUUAUCCCUGUUAAAGCUUUAGGAAUAUGUAAUAUAAUUAAACUUUAAAGUAAUAAUCUAUGAAGCAUCAUGCCAUCAAAAUACAAGUGAGAAUUGGGAUACCCAUUAAUACGGGACACCUAUUUGGCCAUAGGGUUGCCACCUUUCUUGGGAAAAAAAUACAGAUCAUGCUAAUUUGCAUAAUUCAUCAUGUAUGCGUGAUUCCACUGUUCACAAUGUCAUGGGAUGUUGUGUAACAUUUGGAAGAGGAAAGUUACAUACAGACAUACAGUGAUAUACAGAAAGAGACAUACAGACAGUGUCAUACACAGUCAUACAGGCACAGACAUUCACAUACAGUCAUACAGACACUGACAUACAUACACAGACAUACACAAUCAUACAGAGACAUACAGGCACAGAUAUUGAGAUACAGUCAUACAGACACUGUCAUUGUAAAAUCUGGUUGGAACGAUCGUCACUGUUAAAUCUUCUUAAUUUCUUCUUGUCUUCAGUUGAUUGAUAUAUAUACGUCUUUUGUAUAUAUAGUCUUGGGCCAAAUGCUCGCCACAAUAAUAUAUGUCUAUAUUAUUGAAAAGUACUAAUACGCAAUCUGACUUACGGUUUCUUCAGGUUUAUUCUUAGUUAAGGAUACAUAAUAAAACAACAAACGAUGUUUCGGGUAAUGGACAUUCAAAAGCAGAUGGUAUUUGCUGGACUUCUUUACAUCCUUACAUCUUUACAUCGAGAGAGAGAGAGAGUCAGAGAGAGCCCAGAGCCAAGAGCCAAGAGAGAGCGACCUUGUGUCCCUCUGUUCCUAUAUAGAUGUGCUCAUACUAACGUCAGCGUUUAACUCUAGCCAUAUAAGGACAAAAACCCCAAAUCCACAUUCCAGAGCUCUCGGACAAAGAAAGCCUUGUGACUCAUACCAUCUGUUACUUAUGUCAAUCCACACAUCCAUAUAUAUAAUCAAUAGAAACAUAGAAUAUGCAAUAUUCUACAGUCAUACAAAGACCUAUAGACACAGUCACACAGACACUGACAUACACAGACAUUCAGACUCAGGCAUACAAUUAAGAAAUACAUAUAAAUAUACAACAAACAUUUAUUUCUAUGUCCCUAAGUGCUCCCAUCUUCAUUAAUGAGCAACCCUAGUUUUAAAAUAAAUUGGCCAAUACAGCAGUCCAUAUCUAUAAACUACAAAGAAGAAACAUGGUAUCAAGCAUUGUGAAAAAGAUGGAGUUGAUUUCUUGAUCUGGAGUUAUACUUGGGAUCCCAAAUAUCCCAUCCCUGAUAGUUCCUUAGUCCUAUACCAAACUUUAAAGAAUGGCAAUCUAUUAAGAAGGACUUAAGCCAUCAUACAUUUCAUUUUAAAUUCUUAAAGCGGCACUGUCAUGCCGAAUCCUGGUUUUUUUUUUAACCCCCCUCCGGCCUCCACUACAUCUAACUAACGAUCUUUAUUCAGGCCGCCGCCAUCUUUGUAUGGGUAGAUGAAGUCCCUGUGGGACACGUCAUCAGCCCACACUAGAUAGCACUGUGAGAUUUCCGCACAUGCCCAGUGAAACACCUGGACAUGCGAACGGGAAUUUCGUCUAUUCAUUCAUUCAUCAGACAGACGAAUGAAUGAAUAGAAAGAUCAGCCGAACAAACAAACACUAUGUAUCAGUGUUUGUUUGUUCGUGCAGUUUAUUACAAGGAGGGAGCUACCGGCACUCAGCUCCCUCCUUGUAAUAUGUAACUAUCGAAGUGGCAGGGAGCAGUGCUCCCCACCACUUCAUAAGCCCCCCAGGUCCCCCCUCACUCUAUGGGGGUCAAUAUGACCUCCAUAAUAGCACAAGGGAGAUUAAAAUCUUCCUAAUGCCCCUACUCGCUAUACCGCGAGUAGGGGCAUGUCCACUAAACAGUGAGCAGCCUGUGGCUCCUCACUGUAAAAAAAUAAAUAAAUAAACUAUUGGCCCCCACCCCUGGGCGGCGGGUGGGGGCCAUAAUAAUAACGAGGGGGGGGGACCUACUGUCCACCCCCCCUCCGGCCCCCACCCCUGGGCGGCGGGUGGGGGCCAUAAAGAUAAUGAGGGGGGGACCUACUGUCCUCCCUCCCCCCCCAAGCUCCUAGCCACCCACCCCCCCACCCAAAUAAAAAGUCCCUACCUACCCACCUCACCCUAAAAAAUAGUGAGGGGGGAAUAAAAUAACUAACCUGUAAAAUAAAAUUAAACUUACCAUUCGACGUCUUCUUUUUUCUCAAAUGCCAUCCAAUCACAGUGCUAUGUGUCAUUUUACACAGCGUGGGAAAGUUCUUCUGAAUUUUCCCACGCUGUGUAAAAUGACACAGAGCACUGUGAUUGGAUGGCUUGAAAUCCAUCCAAUCACAGUGCUCUGUGUCAUUUUACACAGAGUGGGAAAGUUCUUUUGAAUUUUCCCACGCUGUGUAAAAUGACACAGAGCACUGUGAUUGGAUGGAUUUCAAGCCAUCCAAUCAGAGUGCUCUGUGUCAUUUUACACAUCGUGGGAAAGUUCUUUUGAAUUUUCCCACGCUGUGUAAAAUGACACAGAGCACUCUGAUUGGAUUACAUCUAAAUUACAUCUGUUUGAAAGUGAAACCAGUUUUUCAUGCAGGCUCUGUCAAUCAUAGCCAGGGGAGGUGUGGCUAGGGCUGCAUAAACAGAAACAGAAAAAGUGAUUUAACUCCUAAAUGACAGUGAAUUGAGCAGUGAAAUUGCAGGGGAAUGAUCUAUACACUAAAACUGCUUUAUUUAGCUAAAGUAAUUUAGGUGACUAUAGUGUUCCUUUAAUAUAUAUUUUUUUUAGUUAAGUCAAUACUUUACUCUAAUGACAUCAUCAUGUUUUAAUUGCCUAAACCGAAUGAAAUUGCGAUCCAAAUAAAGUGCCGAAUUGCGUUCUAAAACAAACGAGCAUACUGUUCUCAUUCAGUUAGAACGCAAUUCGGCAGUUUUGUGUAAAAUGACAGGAAGCAUCGCGGGAACACAGAGGAAAGGUAAGGAUCAUGGGAAAAUUGCUCUGACCAGCGGAAAUGAAGCACACUUUGCUCCUCCGCUGGUCAGAGCUGGUCAAGCGGAGGAAUCCUCCAUAAGGCAAAGAGUCCCUACUUUGUCUUAUGAUUUUAAAGAAAACUAAAGAAGACAGGAAGAAAAGAAGAACAGAUCCUGAGAGAGGGGGAGAAGAGGAAGAGAUUGAGGAAAGGUAAGUUUGGCAUGACAGUGCCGCUUUAAGUAUCAAAAUAUUGGAACUGAUUAUGCCUGCUCUUAACCUUCAAAACUGGAAUAAACAAAAUGGUCAUUCUAUAAAAGACCUAUAUGAUAAUUCUAGUUUAAAAGGAUACUAUAGUGCCAGGAAUACAAAGCUGUAUUCCUGGCACUAUGGCUACCCCUGCCUCCCCCCCUCCCUCACCUCGGUCAAUAAAUGGUUAAAAACCCUUUAUUUAUUUGCCUUGUCCCUCAGCGCUGGGUUGACGCUCUGCCCCCUCUGUCAUCCCGCGGCGAGCAGGCACUAAUGCGCAUACGCGGCCAGUGCCGCACUCGCAUUAGACCUCCCCAUAGAAAAGCAUUGAAUAAAUGCUUUCCUAUGGGGGGAAAAUCUUACGCUGGAGAUCCUCAUGCAGUGUCAGAUACUGGUCCAUUUGGAUCUAGGAAGCACCCCCACUAGAGGCAGACUUAGUCCUGCAAUGUAAACAUUGCAGUGACUUUGGAACUGCAAUAUUAACAUUGCAGAACUAAGUGCAAUAGGGACACUGCACCCAGACCACUUCAAUGUGCUGAAGUGGUCUGGGUGCCUUUAGUGUCCCUUUAAUGCCGUUUAGUAAUUUGGUUCAACAAGUUGCUAUUCCUAACCAAGAAAUAUUCAUUUAUUUGCGUGUCAAACACCUCUUGAAAGAACAUUUACUAGUUUUAGAUAAGGAAGAAGGGAAGAUAAUGAGAACAAUUUUCAGUUGCAAAACUUUAAAAGCUGUAUAUUCUACAGCAAUGGAGUUAAUGAGACUGAAAUUUAGUUCAGACACUCCCCCAGCUGUGAAGAAAUGGGGAAAGGAAUUAACCAUAUGCAUUUCAGAUAAGGAUUAAAGGGACACUAUAGUCACCUGAACAACUUUAGCUUAAUGAAGCAGUUUUGCUGUAUAGAACAUGCCCCUGCAGCCUCACUGCUCAAUCCUCUGCCAUUUAGGAGUUAAAUCCCUUUGUUUAUGAACCCUAGUCACACCUCCCUGCAUGUGACUUGCACAGCCUUCCAUAAACACUUCCUGUAAAGAGAGCCCUAUUUAGGCUUUCUUUAUUGCAAGUUCUGUUUAAUUAAGAUUUUCUUAUCCCCUGCUAUGUUAAUAGCUUGCUAGACCCUGCAAGAGCCUCCUGUAUGUGAUUAAAGUUCAAUUUAGAGAUUGAGAUACAAUUAUUUAAGGUAAAUUACAUCUGUUUGAAAGUGAAACCAGUUUUUCAUGCAGGCUCUGUCAAUCAUAGCCAGGGGAGGUGUGGCUAGGGCUGCAUAAACAGAAACAGAAAAAGUGAUUUAACUCCUAAAUGACAGUGAAUUGAGCAGUGAAAUUGCAGGGGAAUGAUCUAUACACUAAAACUGCUUUAUUUAGCUAAAGUAAUUUAGGUGACUAUAGUGUUCCUUUAAUAUAUAUUUUUUUUAGUUAAGUCAAUACUUUACUCUAAUGACAUCAUCAUGUUUUAAUUGCCUAAACCCUCUCUCCCCCCUGCAGGGUGCAGUGAUUUGAUUGGCUCAAUGUUUGAUCUUUGCCACUCCCUGUGUGCCCUCAAUCUGUCGGAACAUGAAAUGGCAUUUAUCAGCUCAAUGAUUCUUCUUGAUCCAAGUAAGGGGGGGCACCAGGACAGGUUUGGGGAUAUAGCAUUUAGUAGGACACUAUUGUGCCAAUGUCAUUGUAUCUAGGAAACGUUAAGGUUUGUGAUAUUUCCCCUCUUGUCUGCUACCAUUCUGUCUUUUCUUUUUCCUGUACAUGAUGAUAGUCAAAAUAUGUCCCUUUUGCACCUUAUACCAUGUAGGAUGGACAUGUAAUUACGAUCUCUGAUAAUUAAAGGACCACUAUAGGCACCCAGACCACUUCAGCUUAAUGAAGUGGUCUGGGUGCCAGGUUCAGAGAAACUGCUAUGUUUAUAAAUGGGUUAAUCCGCGCUUCCGUGCUUCUCACUGUGAUUUUCACAGUGAGAAGACGCCAGCGUUCAUAGAAAAGCUUUGAGAAUGACGACGAGAAGGAGGAGGAGAGUCCCCCGCCCGGCGCUGGAAAAAGAGGUAAAUUUAACCCCUUCUACACCCUAGAGCCCGACGGGAGGGGGGCCCUGAGGGUGGGGGCACCCUCAGGGCACUAUAGUGGUCCUUUAAUAAAGUGACAGUGUCUAUCUUAUCAUUACUGUAUCGUUAUACUAAUUUCACACAUUGUCUGUCUGUCCAUAGGCCGUCCCUGGCUGCAAGACAAACAGAAAGUAGAGAUUCUCCAUAAAAAGCUGGAUCAUGCCUUCAGAUAUCUGCUUCGUACAAGCCUCCGAGAGUCAAUCCUCACCAAGGUCAGAUUCUCAACAUGUCACUCAUCAGACCAUAUGGGUCUCUUCUUACAUCAAAAAUCAGCACACACCAUUCCAGACACCGAGACAACAUCAAACAAAGCUGAGGCUUAUAAAACCACUUUAUAUGGGAUAGGAGACUUCUAAAAGGUCAUUGACUUGGUUGCAUAGGAAGCUAUGCAAGCCUCGGAUCUUAUAUCAAUGUGAAAACCCGUAAAGAAUGUUGCACAUGUGAUAACAUCUCAAGUAAAAAAAAAUUGUGAGAUUUUUCACAUAAAUACUCCAAACAAUAUACAUUUCAAAAGGCAUGUAUUAUGAUUUUAACGUUUUAACACAUUUUAUUGCUUUUUCCAGCUCCCACAGAAAGGACGUCUCCUGAGCAUAUGUCAGUUGCACAUGGAGAAACUGAACAUCUUCCGACAGAUGUACCCAGGAAUUGCAUGUGAGAGAUUCCCUCCUCUCUACAAAGAGCUGUUUAUCUCCGAACCAGAGAUCUUGUGAGAGAGACCACAAGCCCCAGAACAUUCUCUUUCUACCUCUAACUCUCUGUCCCCAUAUUAAGCACUUGCACUGUCGUUCAAAGGAUAACCUUACCCAAAGGACCAAACAAGAUGCCUCCAAGGGCACUGAUAUCCAGACUAUGCUUGCCGCCAGAACCUGCACCCUGCCAAACACAGAUUUGGCAUUUAGAGAGAGGGAGCUUUAACUCCAACUUGAACAGUGCUUCUGCAUUUGGCAUUCCAGAGGGCAAAAUUUAAUAAGAUCAGAAAUCUGGUAUGAUCAAUUUGUAGCUGUCCUUAAUAAUAGCCUCCAUUAUCCUAGCCAAGGAUGAUGAGAGCUUUAGUCCAACAAGCACGCUUUAAAGAAAAGAGAAUUCUGAUAUAUUCCCAGGCCGAGGAAGUCUGCAUUGGAGUGCACCGAAUUCCCAUUUGACAGUAAAGGUUUACUAAAGAAUAUAUAUAUAUUUUUUUUUUUUUAUCAUUACCUAUAAUAUAUUCCAGAAUGUGCCAAUUCGCCUUGUAGCUGUAAAACGAGCAUUAAAUAUUGAGCUAUAUGUACAUUAGACUUGAUCACGAGAGCUUUUGAUUUACUUUAGGAAGUUACAGAGGUUAUAUGGUAUAAUAUUCUCUCCAGGAUGGCCUGCAGCUGCUGUUUGGACCACACUGAAAUAAUGUUUAAUUUGGCUGCCUGAUAAUAAGCUAUAUACAGACUGCCUUUGUAUUCCUUGCUUUUAAUAAUAAUAAAG